AUGUCCUCAAGGUCCAAUUCUCCUCAUAGACCAACAGCCAAAAGGUCACCAUCAAUUCUUGUUACUGACUCAAGAACUCAUGUAAUUAAAGGUGCUAGAGCGCCAUUUGCUGGUAGUAAUUUUAACAAGCAACAAAAUCAAUCUGAUACUGUUAACUUAAGAAAAAAAUUGUUACGGAAACCUAAUAGGUACGCAGAUAUAAGUGUUGAUAAAUUAUUAAGUGGAUCAAGUGAUAUACCGAGUGGACAACGAAGAAUACCUCCAUCUUUUAGUCCACCUUUUAGUGGUAUGAACAGUCCGCACUCACCAACGUUAAGUCCUCGUCAUACCUCACCGCCUCCCAUGGAAGUGGAUAAAAGGAUGAGAUCUAUUCCAAAAUUGUCCAAUCCUUUACCUACCAGAACGUCGAAGAAGUCCCAAAAAUUGGUCUUAAUUCCAGACGAGUCCAACGAAGUUACAUACUUGUCACCUCCUGAAUAUCCAUCAAUACAGAGAUCAAGGGCUGAGACUAUGCCAAAAGAACGUAGAGCUCAAGAGUUUAGUCGUAUGACAGCUUAUUUCAUAUGUGAGGAGUUUAAUUUGGAAUUAUUGAAGACUUUUUUGAUUAAAAAACAUCAAGUUAAACCUAGAAUGUAUGAUGAAACCCUUUAUGUUCCAUAUUCUUUACCAUUAUUACCUGGGACUGACGGAUACAGAAUCAAAUCUAACAACUCACAGAAAUCUCAGAUUAACAAGAAAUUCAUGGAAAAGAUUAUCAAUAAAUCUGAGCAGUCGGAUUAUCUUUAUGAAUAUUACUCUGGGGUAGAGACUCCAGAAGAUGCAAAUAAUUACUCCAUGGAUCCAGAAACUGAAAAUGACAGUGGUGCGUUCGAUCCCUCAGAACCCCAGUACUUUGCUCCCGAACAAGACGAAGAACAGACAACUCAAGAACAAACUUCAUCUCCAACAGCAACAGAGGAUUCUACUACAGACAAAGAAGACUAUGAAUUAUCAAAGCAUCAUGGUGAAAUGUUUAUAUUUGAUUAUGGUAUCGUUGUAUUCUGGAAUUUCAGUGAAACCCACGAAAAGAACAUCUUGGCAGAUCUUUCGUUUGUUUUUUAUGAAGAGGAUGUUCCCAUCAUGAUAAAUCCCAUUGACGAACAAGACAUUGAGACUGAGGAGUUCCAUUUCGACUAUGACGAAACCAUACAUAGACCAAGAAUUUAUAAUGAUAUGAUCACCUUAAGGUCAGCAGAUCAUUUAAUCAAAUUAACCAUGAGUCAUGCCAUUGCACAACUGACAAAGCUAGGAUUAUUUGAGAGUAGAAUGAUUAACAUUUUGACAAGUAUUUCAAGAUUACCCAAAAAAUUAGCUUUGACAGGUGAAUUAGGUUUAAGAAGAGACCAAUUAUUGAAGAAAUCUGGAAAAUUAUUCAAGUUAAGAUCAGAUGUUAAUCUAUCAGGAUCAAUUCUAGAUACUCCUAACUUCUUUUGGGAUUUUGAACCGGCUUUACAUCCUUUAUAUUCUGCUGUUAGAGAUUAUUUGGAUAUCGAUCAAAGAGUUCAAGUGAUCAACGAUAGAUGCAAAGUGUUCUUGGAGUUCCUGGAUAUUGUGAACGAUUCCAUCAAUGAAAAGAAUACCAGUAGAAUAACUUUCAUGUUCAUUCUUAUCAUCUUCCUCAGUUUGUCAGUCAGUUUGUUCGAAUUCGUCCUCGAAGUCAUAUAG